AUGGUGGCUGAAAAAUGUUUCAACAAAUCCGACUCACCAGAGUUCGUGUUCCGUGUGUUCACCAAUGUCCCUGAAUUCCAGGCUCUCCUCUUCACACUCUUCCUCCUGCUGUAUUUGAUGGUCCUCUGUGGCAACACUGCCAUCAUCUGGGUAGUGUCCACACACAGCUCCCUACGCACACCCAUGUAUUUCUUCCUAGGCAGUCUGUCUCUCGUGGAAAUCUGCUACAUCACAGAUGUAGUGCCCGUGAUGCUUUCUAACAUACUUGGAUCCCAGAAGCCCAUGUCAUUGGCUGGUUGUGGGACUCAAAUGUUUUUCUUUUCUGUGUUUGGCUGUACUGACUGUUUUCUCUUAGCAGUCAUGGCUUACGACAGAUAUGUUGCUAUCAGCCAUCCGCUACACUAUAGCCUCAUCAUGACCCAGAAGCUCUGUGUUAAGAUGGUGCUGGGUUCCUUGGUCCUAGCUCUCCUUCUCUCCUUGCAGCUUGCUGCCUUCACCUUCACAUUGCCAUUCUGUGGACAUCGCCUGGAAAUCAAUCACUUCCUUUGUGAUGUGGCUCUCAUCAUGCGCCUGGCCUGUGCCGAAAUCCAUGUGCACCAGGCUGUUCUCUAUGUAGUGAGCAUCCUGGUGCUGACAGUCCCAUUCCUGCUGAUUUGCAUCUCCUAUGUAUUCAUCGUAACCAUCCUGCGCAUGCACUCUGCAGAAGGCCGCCGGGCCUUUUCCACCUGUUCUUCCCAUCUCACUGUGGUUUUGCUACAGUAUGGCUGUUGUAGCCUGGUGUACCUGAGGCCCCACUCUAUCUCCUCAGAUGUUGAGGACCGCCAUAUUGCCCUUGUUUACACUUUUGGUACCCCGUUACUCAACCCUCUGAUUUAUACCCUUAGGAACAAAGAUGUCAAAGUUGCGCUGAAGAACUCUGUUUUCCAUAAAGCAGUGACUGACCUUAAUUGA